GUCUGAUCGAUUGAUGAUGGCAAGGCGACGAUGGACGUCGCUUGUGUUCACGGGGCAAGGGAGCCAACGCGUGGGGAUGCUGCAGGACCUGCUGGACCAAUGGCCUCAGCAUGUGAAUCCUCUUCUGGAGGAGGCCGAAGCUGCCAUGAAGCGCAAUCUGAAGACGCUUAUGCUGCAAGGGCCGCAGGAUGCGCUCACCAACACGUCCAUCGCGCAGCCUGCAAUAUUGACUCACUCGACGGCUGUGCUGCGCAUCCUCCAGUGGGAAGCGGACUUUGACGUGGCGUCCGAAGUGCACAGUGUACUGGGACAUUCGCUUGGACAGUUCACGGCGCUCGUCGCCGCGGAAGCGCUUUCGUUCCACGACGCCAUCGACUUGGUGCACUUUCGAGGCAACGCCAUGACCAAAGCUAUAGCCGGCUCCGAUAAAGGCGCGAUGGCCGCGCUGUUUCCCGUGGAUCCUGCAGUUGCCAAUGACAUUUGCCACUCGGUGCACGAGUCCACGGGUUUAGUGUGUUCUGUGGCCAACUACAACUCGUCCAAGCAGACGGUCAUCAGUGGUCACUUUGCUGCCGUCGAGGCUGCGGUGGCCGCCGCCAAGUCGCGCAAGGUCCGCCGCGCCGUCCUGUUGGAUGUGAGCGCGCCAUUCCAUUGCGCCCUCAUGCAACCUGCCGCGGACGCCCUCGCGGCGCAUCUCAAUACGAUCACAUUCCGACCGCCCAUUGUGCCUGUGGUGUGCAACGUGUCGGCGGUGGACAUGCCAGGCACAGACGCCGACGCCAUGCGCGCCGCUUUGACCGCCCAAGUCGUCCAGCCCGUGCGAUGGAGCGAUUCGGUCGACCUGUGCAUACAUCGAACCGCACCAAACGACCACACCACGUUCCUGGAACUGGGUUAUGGCGGCGUCCUCACUGGAUUGAUUCAGCAGCAUGCACCGACAGCUGCUACCUGCACAUCGAUGGGAACCGCCGACGACGUGCGCAAGUGGAUCGCGGCGAGGGAGUUGGAAGCAUAGAAUGUCCGUGGGAAAAACAUCAUAACGAGGAUUACGUUGAGGAUAGGCACGCAUAUAUGUUGCGAGAAAAGGUCGAUUAACAUGGAGUAUAUACCAGCGAUGCCAACCAA